AUGGGGGAGAAAAACUGCACCUUAGUGACCGAGUUUGUUCUUCUGGGAUUAACAGAUGCUGCAGAGCUAAGAGUUUUGCUCUUCCUGCUGUUUCUCCUCAUCUAUGGGGUCACGGUCGUGGGAAACCUGGGCAUGAUCACAUUGAUUCGGGUCAGCUCUCGACUUCACACUCCAAUGUACUUUUUCCUCAGCCAUUUGUCUUUUGUUGAUUUCUGUUAUUCCACUGUGAUUGUGCCAAAGAUGUUGGCAAAUAUCAUAACUGGGGAAAAGGGCAUCUCUUUCCUGGGGUGUGCUACACAAUUCUACUUGUUUUGCACCUGUGUGGUCACUGAGGUUUUCCUCCUGGCAGUGAUGGCUUAUGAUCGUUUUGUGGCCAUCUGUAACCCACUGCUCUACACUGUGGCUAUGUCUCAGAAUCUAUGUGUGGGGCUGGUGUCUUGUUGCUACUUCUGUGGGAUGGUGUGUUCUUUGAUCCACUUGUGUUUAGCUCUUGAAAUCACAUCCUAUAGAUCCAAUGUGAUUAACCACUUCUUCUGUGAUCUACCCCCGCUCUUAUCACUUGCUUGCUCUGAUGUCAGUAUAAACGAACUAUUCUUGUACAUUGUGGCCACUUUUAAUGAGCUGAGUACAAUUGUGAUCAUAUUCACUUCCUACUUGUUUAUUCUUGUCACCAUCCUGAGGAUGCGCUCUGCAGAGGGAAGGCGCAAAGCCUUCUCAACCUGUGCCUCCCACCUCACAGCCAUCGUGGUUUUCCAUGGCACAAUCCUUUUCAUCUACUGCAGGCCCAGUACUGGCAACACUACUGAUACUGAUAAAGUGGCCACCGUGUUCUACACGGUAGUGAUCCCUAUGCUGAAUCCCCUAAUCUAUAGUUUAAGGAAUAAAGAUGUGAAAGAAGGUUUAAAGAAAGUAAUGAGCUCCAAGUUAUUUUCCUAG